AUGGCGACAUUCCACCACGAAGCGCUCAUGAGCAAGCCCACUUUCGAGGAUCUCUACACUGCCACGUCUUGGGACUACAGUAUCCUCAGUGCUGAGGCACUCGCACUGGCCGCGCGACUUGAAUCUAGUGGUGCAAUUUGUUCCGGAGGCGUGGACGAGUGGGGGUCCCCCCUCUCGAUCAUCACUGGAGAGGCCGAGGAGAUCGUGGAGAUCAUUGAAACUCUCCAGCUCUCGGUCGAUCCGCAGCAGGUCAUGGAAGCCAGGAAGGGCAUCGAGCUGAAGGCCCAAUGCGUCACCAAAUGGGCCGUCGAGGGCCAUCUCCGUCUGUUCAAGUUCCAGGCCGUGAAGAACAGCAUCGACCACUCGUCCAUCCCAGCGGCGGAUUUUAACGUAUUCCCAGAGUACACUGAGUGCCGCCCCGAGGUGCCGAACGAGGGCGUUGUGGGCGAGAAACUCGCACUCGCGACUGGAGGCGAAGAUCCCGUUUUGGUUGUGCCGGAUCUGCUUAAGUUGUUCCCCUAUAGCUUCAGCAGCAGCAUCCCGCCGGUCUCCCGAGUCGUGGCCACGUCCAGCCCCACCGUCUACCCGGCCAAGACCGUCACGCAGUCUUUGUUUCGAGCCUACUACAGCGGCUGCCGCGUGCGCACAGUCAACACGACGGGGAUUUACGUGGAAGACACGUGCACGUUGUCCAAGCGGUGGCAAAACUACGGUCUCAUGCUGCAAGCACCCGACGAUAUUCCAGUGUGUAGUACCGGCACGGAAAGCCGCGCGCUCAUGAAGAUCAGCGUGUUCCGCAACCGAUACGCGGACACGGUCGCGUUGAGCGUUCUACCAGGGAUGGUCAUGGUGCAGAUGCUGCUCAUGGGGGUCAUCAGUCUGUACCAGAUCAUGUCCCACAAGCGCUCGGUGCUGUUGACGCAGAUCUGGGCGUAUCGCUGCCAGAACGGCCGCAUGCAAGUGCUGUACCUAGCCCAGAUCACGUACCACUUGAUCUACAACUCGGACUUGUACUACGUGGGGCUUGUCACGGGCACGUUGACUGUCGAGUCGGUGGCCAACCUCACCUUUGGCUUCUUCAUCUUCUCGUACUCGUUUAUCAACCUGGCCAAGGCGCGGUCGGGCGAACAGCAGCUCGAUCGCUACUUCCGCCUCACGUGGGAGAUCAUGCAGGUGCUCAUUACCACUGGAGUGGGCUCGGUCCUCUACUCGUCGUACCUCACGUCGCUGCCCUGGAUCAUCGACUACAACGGCAAACUGCUGCUGAAAACCACCGUCGAAGGCGCCAAGUACUGCGGGCUGCACGACUCGUGCAUCGUCAUGCGCCUCAACCUGGCCAUCAUGGCCGUGAUCGCCUCCACUCUGCUAGGACUUGUGGCCCUGUCCGCCUCGUACGUCGAGUUUUGUCUCGGCUCGGAGUUCACCAAACUCUUCAUGGACUGCGACGACUUCGCCUACGUGACGUUCAUGGACCAGCGCUGUACUAGCGUCGAGGCCUUGCUGCUCACGGGCUAUUUGUUCUACGGCAAGCACGUGUACCAGGCGCCGUCCGUGGUGUUGCUGCUGCUGCUGGCGCGACUGUUUCCGCCCAAAUUCCUGCAGACUUUUAACAUCCUUUUGCUGCGGUGGUGGGUGCACCCGGAUCACGGCACGCUCACACACGCGUUGUCGUGCACGUGGUACACGGCGAGUGAAGCCGAAGCCACGCCCAUUGCGUAG